AUGGUGAUAAUAUUUGGUUAUCAACAGGAAACAAAUGGAUUGAAGGCACUGUUGGUAUUGGCGAUAGAGUUUCUAAAGUUUAUUCUGCUCGAGGCGUACUUUGGACAGGUAACAUCGUUCAUGAUACAGCUGCGGUAUCAGGCAAACCCACAGACACUGGAGCAGUUCUUUGCCACGGACAUAAAGCUAAAUCGAGAUGUGUACAAUCUUGUUAAUUCAGCAUUCACCAAAUGUGCGGAACAUUAUUUGGCAAAAUAUGUAGUUCUGUUGUUUUACGAUAGUAAAAUAGCAAAAACGAUCGAAAAUGUUAAUUAUUACUUCGAUUAUAUGAACAUUAUGAGCUACGUUAUUGUGGUCCAAUAUCCCGGAAAACAUAUUCGAAACAUAGUGGGAUACAUGAAACAUAACCAAUUCAUUGUGCUGAACCAAACUGCAGACUUUGGUAUCAUUUUCAAUGCCCGACUACACGAUCUACCGUUACGGGCGAUCGUCACCGAAAGUAAGCCUUACUCGUAUUUAUCAAAGCGCUUGAGCUUGGGUGGCUUAGACAUUGAAAUAGCAAAGAUUGUAGCACAAAAGAUGGGUGUAUCAUUAUCGGUCAAUUAUUUCGAUAGCAUAUGGUAUGAAAACAUUCCCAAAUUGUUGAGCGACAAGCAAAUGGACAUGUUUUUGACGCGAAGAGGCUGUAAUUCUGUCUUGAAACUACCACAACUUCGACUGCAGGAGAAGCUCAAUGUGAGAAUGUUGAUGCCUAAAAUGCAGCGGUUCAAUUUCAAUCUUCAGUUCCUUAAGCCAUAUAGACCGGAAGUGUGGUAUCUGUUGCUUUUAAUAAUAUCAAUAGCCGGUGUACUAAAUUGGGUGUUUUGGAAAAGAGUAAGAGUUAACAUACUCAUGGUGAUCAUUUUCGGAUAUCAUCAGGAAACGAGUAGAUUGACAGCUUUGCUAGUAUUGGUAAUACAGUUUCUGAAGUUUAUCCUGCUAGAAGCGUACCUUGGACAAGUGACAUCGUUUAUGAUACGUUUGCGAUAUCAGGAAAACCCACAGACACUGGAACAGUUCUUUGCCUCGGACAUUAUGCUAAACGCUCCAAUCGGGUUGAACCAAUUUUUCAGUCUACUACCAACUACACUUUCAGAACAAUUAAUGGAAAAGAUCAAACUACCUAGAAUGUCUGUCACCAACGAGAACGAUUUUUUUCAGCCAGGCUACGCUUACAUAAUUACGGAGUACGCUUCAGACGCGUUAAAAAACGAAGUGUUAGAAGUGUCCAUUUUCAACUCGAGCUUUUUCUACAUAAUGCAGGAGCCACUGUACGAGCUUGAAAUGUGUUAUAUGUUUGGAAAGUGGUCAAAAUUUCGAUCAAAGUUUAAGGAAUGUCUGGAAAGGAUGUACGAAACUGGAAUUAUUCUAAAGCUAACCGACAACGCGUGGAGACUACCGAACAAAGCACUGAACGCAGAUUCAUCUACGGUGUUGAUGUUUCCCGAUCUGGUACCAGUGUUUCGCUUCAUCGGUUACGGUUGGCUGGUAAGUGUUAUCGCACAAUCGUUCCUGCUCACUUGGACACAGGAUGGCGUGGUGUAG